UAUAUAGCAGGUAGGCGAUGGGGAUUUGAAACUAGAAAAAGGUAAAAAUCAUUGUAGAACCAGAAAAAUACCAAAGAGAAUCGUAUUUUUUUAGAAGGAGGGACAAAAAUAUCGUACACUUUUACGCAAAAGGAAACGACAAGGAAUUAAGAUCUACGAGAAGAUUACUAGUUCAAAGGAUGGAGUUUCAACAAAUAUUGAUGAUACUGGAUAUCCUGUCCACAAUGAUAAACAUCAUCAGCACACAAACUACUGAUUACGGCUGCAAUUUUGACUCGUCGUUCUGCAACUGGACCCAAAAUACAAGCAAUCCAUUACAGUGGACAAGAUUACGUUAUAAAACACCCAGCCUCAAUACAGGGCCAUCUGCAGAUGCAUCAGGUUCUGGAUCGUAUAUAUACAUAGAAGCAUCCUCUCCUCGUAAAUACGGUGACACAGCACGACUCAUCAGCCCUGUCAUCGAAGGUCCACAUUGUAUGUCGUUCAUGUAUUACAUGUUCGGUAGUACCAUGGGUAGUGUCGUGGUGUAUGUGAACAACAACAGGACAAGUGAUGCAAUACCUGUCUGGAUUAAGUCCAGAAACCAGUACGAUAAGUGGAGACAAGCGAAUGUCUAUAUCGAUGAUGAAAAUAGUUAUCAGAUUUUCAUCGAUGGAGUGAGGGGGCUAAGCUAUGAGAGUGAUGCUGCCAUCGAUGAUAUUAAAUUUGCCAAGGGAAAAUGUCAAAAUCUGACUUAUCAACUGAUUCACGUUCACUACAAAGAAGAAUUUAAUUUAUUCAAACUAGACACCGUCCCGCCUUACAACGCUUGGAUCUACGAUUUUUCAUUCCAUGCUCUUCAAACGAAAAAUCAUGAAAACGACACACUUUACUUUGUCUACCCGAAUAAAAAAUGUACGAAAACACUGCUUUCAAAGACUUUUUCAGUAUCUAAUAAAGAUUGUACUCCUUUUGAGUUCUUGUACGCCUCGAAGAGUAGGAAUAGUGGAAACAACAAGAUAAUGUUGCUUGAUCGUGUGAACGAAUCACAAGGAAUUGCACUUGAGAGUCGUGGACGAUGUUGCGGGGAGCUGGUGAUGGACUACUUUUACGCGAAUGUUACGAUUGAAGAUUUAUCGACAUGUCCUCCCGGAUGGGUCUCUGUUGGUAAAUCGUGCUACCAGUACAUCAUUGGGAGCCUCUCUUGGAAUGGAGCAAGAUUACACUGCGUCACCAGAGGCGGCCAUAUUGCCACACCUUGGACUAUGUCUAGAAUGAACUCCUUGAAUAACUACCUCAACAAACUGCAGUUUGGAAACCCAAGAGUGGCUUUUGUAGGUGCAACGGUUAUUGAACAUGGUCAUUGGGAAUGGUUCUCAGGGGCUUCCGUUAAUCCUAUCUUCUGGGGACCAGGACAGCCCUCUUGGGACGGUCAAUGUGGAAACUUGAUCAAAGGAGAAGAGUGGGAUUCAAACUGGCUUGGAUAUGGAUGGAAGUUAAAUGACGAGCCAUGUAAUGACCCAAGCAGCUUUAUUUGUCAAAAGAAAAUGACACCAAACAAGACCUGUGAGUCUGAUUGGUUUGCUCUCAGCAAUAACUGCUAUCACAUCUAUUUUGGUCUCAGUACUUGGGAAAACGCAAAACAAAUAUGUCAAGAGAAAGGCGGUCAUCUAGCAUCACUCGACAAUGAAAGCACAAUGAAUGCCAUGACUGCAAAACUAGACACUUUUUCUUAUCUCAAAGGCUAUAAUGCUAAAGUUUUCGUUGGCUUAAGAAAUGUUGGCCAGUUUCGAUGGGUAAAUGGCCAGCAGGUUUCCAGCAGUCUUUGGCACGGCGGAGCUGUUGAUAAGUACAGCUCUAAGACGUGCGGUGCGUUAACACCUUAUGCAGGAUCGUGGAGGAUGACUCAAUAUGAUUGUAGUUAUUACCUUAUUGACUACCUUUGUCAAACAGAAAAACGCAACAAAGUAAAUCCUGGUAUGGCGGAAACGAACAGCAGUGUUUCUAUUGGAGAGCCAUCAUUUGUUGUUGAUGGAAGCUACGCGACAUGUUUUCAAACGAAAAAGGAAGAUCAUCCUUCCAUCAGAAUAGAGCUCCGAAACGAGAUAUAUGUAUCUGCCGUACAAAUCAUCAUCAGGCGAGGAUGCUGCCUGGAUAAGAAUGCUGACCUGCGUGUAUAUCUCGGCGAAGAAGGAUCAAUACCAGCAGAGUGUACUGUAUUCCAGUAUGUUUUCCCAAGUUCCAAUAAAUACUUCGUCUGCAAUGCUUCACAUAAGACUAGGUACUUGGUUUUACGAGCUUUUGGUUCCAACGCAAUCUUAUCGCUAUGUGAAGUGAUCGUGUAUGGAUCAGAUACCUCUCAAGAAUUCCAGGGUGUUUUUCAAGAGCUAUGGUACGGCGUUUCAUCAAACUACCUCUCAAAUCUGCGUGUCAAUCCUCGUUUUCCUUUCCAACCGGAUGCUGUUUCAACGAUCAAGGACUUCGAUGCGCCCUACGAUAUCAAUAUCAAUUAUGGUCAGCGGUUAUCAACAUAUCUUCAGGUUCCAUCUAACGGCAACUACACAUUCUACGUGGCGUGCAACAACGAGUGUGAGCUUUCAAUAACUACGAUUGACGCAUUUACUGAAACAAUUAACGAAUCGAUGACAAGUGAGGAAGAUUCUUCAGGAACAGCUUUGUUGAACUUGUUUUUUAAAUAUAACGUUGAACAUAACGACUGGACCAGAUACCCAACACUCCAGACAUCGAGUCCAGUUCCUUUAAGCACAUGUCAUUUGUAUAAAGUAGUUUUGCUGAUGAAGCAAGGAAUCGGGAAAGACUGUGCUUCUGUGGGAAUGAGGCUUCCUAACGGAACAUAUGAGCGACCGAUACCAUCAAGGAGACUUUACUGGGUGAAUCCAGGUACGAGGGAGAUCUAUUUUGAGCUCAAGGAACAUAAUGACGUAAUCAAGGUCGACACCGGCACUAAGGGACUUAUUAUCAAAGCGUCUUAUAAAUAUUGUUGUCGUGGUAUUUACUGUCCAAACUGCCCAAUCAAGCUUCAAUUCCGUGUUCUCGAUUCCAUUAUCACCGUCGCCGAGUCUCUUGCUAUGGAUUGUCAAGAGAAUGACUUUACAGCAACGUUAAACAUCCUGGCGCAACCACGUGACUACUUCAUGAAUAUAAGUUAUUCAUUUUGUCAUGGCUUAGACGAGAAAAUAGAACAGAAGAUUGUAGGCACACUUACGGUUUUGCCUAAGGUAUAUCUAGGAUGUAACUUCAUAAAAAACACGUGCUCCUGGAAAAAUGAGAAUGGAUGGAAUUUGACUCGGAAGUUACAAAGCUACGACAGUAAAAGAUCUUUUCUUUCUCUAAAUCAACAAAGAAAAGCAUUGCUGGAGACUGAUUGGAUAUUGAGCAGUCACGUGCUAAAAACACUUGGUUUUUGUCUUCGAUUUAAUUAUCUUCUUCCAACCUUGACGAACUCACAACUGCAAGUCGUUCUUAAACAUCGUAGUAAUCAGAACGAUACAUUGUUGUGGAGCCUUAGAGGGUAUCAAGGGAAUGGUUGGAGUUCAGGCCAGCUGUCGUGGAAAGCUCUGGAUCAUGACUUUAAGGUCAUUUUUAUUGGGACAAGUGUUUCAAACGAUUCCAUAUCCAUUGGAUUGGAUUCUGUCACACUGGAAUCAGCGCUGUGUCCUCGUGUACCAAUACAUAGCAGUCCAGAUUAUCGAUGCCAAAAGGACAACCAGUUUCAAUGUGCAAACGGCAUUUGUAUCAAUAAAGAUCUAGUGUGCGAUGGAGAUCAUUUUUGUAUUGACGGAUCGGAUGAAAAGAACUGCAAAUGUCUCUCCAACCAAUUCUCUUGCUCCAGUGGGGAAUGCGUCACGGCUAGCCAACUUUGUAAUGGUAUAGAGGACUGUAAGGAUGGCUCAGAUGAAAGGCAAUGCAAAGAUUCCUGUUCUCAUGACCAGUUCCAGUGUUUAAGUGGUUCAUGUAUUCCAUGGUCUCAGACCUGUGAUCAUUAUUACCAAUGCGAAGACCAGAGUGAUGAGCCUGAAAUAUGCGGUUUGGGAUUUUGUCCUCUAAAUAAUCAAAGCUGCAUGGGAACUGAAAACAGAACACAAAAUCAAGAAUGUGCAAGUAACAAAGUUGAAUGCGAUUUUGAACGAGGUCUGUGCGGAUUGACACAUGAUCGAGGAGGGAGUUUCCAGUGGCUUAUCAACUCAGGACCGACACCAACAAAAGAAACUGGACCCAACUAUGAUCACACGAAUAUGGAUAACAAAGGUAAAUACAUUUACAUCGAAGCAUCGGAUGAGCAAGCAGGAGAAAAGGCGCUGCUUUCAAGUGACUUCAUCAAAGGUACUCAGUCAGUGUGUAUCCAGUUCUGGUACCACAUGAGCGGUAUUGAAACUGGAAGCCUGAACAUCUACAGAAAGAGUAAUAACUCAAUGAAUUUGCUGUGGUCACAAAGUGGGGACAAAGGCAACAGUUGGCUGUUUGGACAAGUUGGGUACCUCUCCAAGAAAACGCACCGAAUCAUUCUGGAAGGCGUAAUAGGUUCAGGGCCCUGUGGAGAUAUCGCAAUAGAUGACCUAUCUAUAUCAUUCGAUAGAUGUACAACACCUAGUGAAGAUAUAGGUUCCCUUAGAUGCGAUUUUGAUAAAGACAUUUGCAAUUGGAAAGCAAGUAAUUUUUGGCAAGUUCAACCUUCUUCCGCCAACAAGCACAACCUUGACAAUAUAUAUCGCUCAGAUGGCUAUGUUUUCCUUUUACCAUCAAAAAGCCAGCCAAUUUGGGAGCAGUUCAUCAGCCCUGUUAUCAAAACCAGCUUUGGCGUGCGUUGCUUUAAGUUCUGGUACACCUUGGUUGUCGGAGGGAAGCUAAGUACCGGAAUAAAAGUAUCGGUGAAGACGAAGAUCAAAACGAUGGAAGUGUGGAGCUGGACUGAAGACACAUAUGGAUGGCAAUAUGCACAGAUUCCGCUGAAUUACUCACAAUAUUAUCAAGUGGUAAUUGAAGGAAGAAAAGUCACCAAGUAUCCAAAAUUAGGAAUAGAUGACAUCGUCUUCUCUAAAGAAACCUGUGAUAUCAUACCAAGAUAUGUUGAUCCUCCUGAAAUCUACAAAGAGACAUUCGGUGCUAUCAAACAUUGGAAACUAGAUAAAUCAGAUAAUGAUGUAAAACCUGUAGGAGCAGUAACAUACCUCAGAGACCGAGGUCGUUUCGUAACAUGCCUAGACGGGAAGACAGCCUACCUAGAGACUCCUGCUAUUGAUAUACGGUUGACGAGUUUUUCUAUUACGUGUUGGGUGAUGUUCAUGGAUACAGGCGUCAUGAAUCAUAUUUAUUCUGACUGGACCGACCCGUUUCAGUUUCGUUUCUAUGUGUAUCAAGGAAAUCUUAUGGCGGAAUUGCGUGGGAAGGGUAACGUCAAUACACUUAUCCAUUUGACUACUGCACUGAGCACAUCCAAAGGAUGGAAACACGUUGGCUUUGUUUGGGACCGACAGUCGCGUUCUGCAUACCUGUACGAGAACGCCUUGCUUAAGACAAUGAAGGGACUCCCUCACAACAUGGAUGUUGAUUUAAAACUGACAGGCCACACUUCCUUCGAGAUUGGCGCCAAAAAGGACACUAAUCAAUUUUUGCGUGGAUGUUUGAGAGAUUUGAUGGUCUUUGAUCGUGCGAUAGAUUACCAUACAAUGCGCUUGCUGUAUAGUCCAUCAAGAGAGAUGUGUCCGAUCCGAUCGACAAUUACUGAUGACUGUUGUGUGUUCCCUUACACAUAUAAAAACCAGUCGUAUGAUACUUGUGUUUACCGUGAGUCGGGGUUCAUGUGUGGAACUACAUCUAAAUCUAUAGAUGGGAAGUGCAAAGUUGAUGAAGAGUGCGGUAAUGUCAAGGACAACUGGUGUGGCUGGGAGAAAGUUGGCAGUAGUGGUAACCAGUGGAAACGAGGAACACUUCAAGACAUGAUGAAGGUCAAGUUGGUAUAUUCUUCUAACCCAGGUGAUUAUGAAGCAAGCUUUUCAGAAAAUCAUUCUGGGUACAUCAACUACACUGGCUUACCGGAUAUGACGUCAUUGACUAUAUGCAUGUGGCUGAAAACCAAAGACCAAAAAAAUGCUGGUACCCCGUUUGUUUAUCGAGUGUAUUCUGAAGAUGCUGGUAGCUAUGUUAUUGCUGUAGCACUAUUUGAUUACCGAAAUAUCUUCGUUCAUGUAGGCCGGACAUAUUCUAAAAAACUCAACAUCUUCUUGAACGAUGGCAUUUGGCAUCAUGUUUGCAUUAGAUGGAAUAAUAAAGAUGGUUUCAUCGCGUUAGUUGUUGAUGGAACACAAUAUAAAGGAACUUCAUUUGCACGAGGAUAUGUGAUUCCAGGAAAUGGAGAAUUUAUUAUAGGAGCAACAUCGUCUUAUUCUCGCUUGGUUAAUGGCAAUGUUGGUCAGUUUGUUGGAACAGUUAGUGACGUUAACAUAUGGACUUACUUGAUCUCAGUGAAAGAUAUCAAGCUUAUGAAACUUGGGUGUGGAGGUCAGCUAAGUAAACCACUCAUGAGCUGGGAUCUCUUUAAAGAUUUCUUCGUUGGGAAUGUAACUGUAAGACAGUCCGCUUCAUGUAAAGACAUGGAAGGCGUAAGAGUUUUUAUGGCGUCAGACAAUGCUGCAAGUGAUCCUGGUAUGAUGUCAUCUAUCUACAUGAGCCCAAUCUUCCGAAGCUCGCACCUUUCUUAUGGUCAGUGUCUGAGGUUCCUGUAUUUGAUAUACGGACCAGGAACUCGUAAACUGCGUAUAUAUCAGCAUUUAAAAGUGGACAACUUUGUUAAGAGACUAGUGUGGUUUGUUAAUACAUCGAACAGUACAGACUCUGCAUGGCAUUAUGGGAAGGCAUCAAUUUCAGGUGUAUCUGAAUUCAAGAUUUCCCUAGAAGGAACUCAGGGGAACGAGCCGGGUUAUAUCGCAGUCAAAGGAAUAAAUGUUGCAGAUGGCUAUUGUGAAACAUUGAAUACGAAUGUGAACAGAGUUUACUUCAAACGCCUGUCAAAGCCAAGCGGUAUUCUUCAUUCUUCAUUCUAUCCCGGGUACUACACCCUCAACGAGCAAUCCACCUGGUACAUCAAAGUCAAACCAGAUCACUUUAUUCGUCUCUAUUUCCUAUCCUUUGACUUUGAAGACGAUCAAGUAUGUGUAAAGGAUUCCGUCUCAGUCUAUGAUGCUGGAAAAAUAAAGAGGAUUGGGAAAUAUUGUGGUUCCCGUUAUCCACAGUUCGUUGACUCAUCAAACAAUGUUAUGAUCGUGGUCUUCAAAAGCGAUGAGGAUAUCAUUCGAACUGGUUUUAAGGCGCGAUACGAGGCUAUACCAAAGCGAAAGGUUAUAACAAACGAAACAUGCACCUCCUACGAAGGUUGUCCAUUAAACUGUGAAUGCAGUCUUAUGUCCAGUGAUCCAGAAAGCAUUAUGAUCACUACACGCCGGGGAGUGACGCUUACCACAAUUCCUGCAGACGUCCCCGAAAAUACCAGAGCAUUAAUGCUGUGCAAAAACAGAAUUGACCGACUACCGGCAGAAACUUCAAAUGGAAAUUCCAAGAAUAUAGAGUACUUAGAUCUAUCGCAUAACAUCAUUAUAGAUAUCCAUGCUUCAGCUUUACAAAACUUGACGCGACUUAAAACACUGAGGCUAAACUAUAAUUUUCUGAUUUCGUUGACUGGGAAAACGUUUAGCGGAUUGGCACAACUAACCACCUUGGACCUCAGCAAUAAUCUCCUUUCACACAUUCCCUCAACACUUUUGAGUUCUCAAGCAUCAUUGUCGUCACUGAGCCUUCGGGCAAACAGACUGACAUCGAUUGAACCAACAACAUUCAAGAAUAACAGGAAUCUCACUUCACUGUACAUCAAUCACAACGACCUCAAAGAAAUCCCAGAUGAGUUAUUCAGGAAUCUAAAACACCUGAAGAUACUAAAUUUAAGCCACAACAAGAUCAAAGUGUUCAGUGCUGCAAUGUUUGAAGGUUUAACUUCUCUUGAAAAAUUGUACCUGGAAAACAACCUUCCAAUAACCUUAUCUCCGAACAUCUUUAAAUCACUUACUUCACUGAAGGAGUUGCACGUGGAUGGGUUCUUUCUCUGUUGCUAUGCCAAGAAAGCUAUCCCGAAUGUAAAAUGCAUCUCACCAAAAGAUUUCUUCUCAAGCUGCUCAGAUCUGAUGAAAAAUAAAACGCUACAAAUCUUCAUCUGGAUUCUCGGUCUGUCGGCCUUACUUGGCAACUUCUUUGUCGUGAUUCUGCGUUCAGUUUUUAAAGAAGACAACAAAGUUCAUUCCUUUUUGCUCACCAACCUUGCAGUUGCAGACUUCCUAAUGGGAGUAUACAUGCUAAUACUUGCGAUAAAAGACGUUACAUUCCAAGGAGAGUACUUCAAGCAUGACUUCACAUGGAGAACUGGGAAGACCUGUAAACUCGCAGGGGCUUUAUCGCUGUUGUCAAGUGAAGCGUCGGUUCUCCUUCUGACACUAAUAACAGCAGAUCGUUUCAAAAGCAUCGUAUUUCCAUUCCGUUUUGGAAAGUUAAGAAUGAAAGGGGCUUGUUUCAUAGUAGCACUUAUAUGGACAAUCGGAAUUUUGCUUUCUGUCAUUCCUCUUCUCGAUGUUAGCUAUUUUCACGAUGAAUCGCGACGAGUUGGUUAUUAUGGACGGUCAGCUUUAUGUCUUCCUUUGCAGCUUACACGAGACAAACUUGCCGGAUGGGAAUAUUCAGUGAUAAUCUUCAUCGUACUCAAUUUAAUUUCUUUCACCUUCAUCCUCGUAGCUUAUAUUUUAAUGUUCAUAACUGUAAAACGAAUUUCUUCCUCGAUACGUUCGACAGUAAUGAGUAGAGAAUCUCAGAUGGCGAAGCGGAUGGCGUUCAUCAUCGCCACAGAUUUCUUUUGCUGGAUGCCGGUUAUUAUCAUCGGGAUUCUUUCCUUGCUGGACCUGUUUCAUGAUCCAGAACAACAGGUUUAUGCCUGGUUGGCUGUGUUUGUGCUUCCUGUUAACUCGUCCAUUAACCCAAUCCUUUACACAUUCUCUACACCGCUUUUACAUAACCGACUGAAGUUUAAUAAAACAUUGAGAGACAAAUGGCUCAGCAGAACGUUCUUGACUUCACCGUCCACUAUCCCUGUCACUCGACUUAACGCCGUUGACAGUACGAGGAUAUCCAGAAUUAACUCAACCGCAGGAUUUGGUUACACCAACCUUGUAGCAACGAACUCUCGAUCUGUACUGGAUAUUCCGAAGGAAAUAAACGCAAAUAAUUUCCCAAAACGUUCUACUCAAGAAAAUUUAUCCACAACAGCUAACUGUUCUUCAUACAUGCCAACAAUGAACCUGAGGCUCGUUGAGAUCCCAGAUGUUUGUAAAGAUGACAAGCAGAAUGCUUCGAUGGGCUUCGUCGUUGCAUGGUCGGAAGCAGUUCCAGGAGAGAUAUGCUUGCGUCUCAUCAAGCAUCUGGGCAAGAAAGACGAACAGGCAUGGAAGAAAGAAACUAGCAUUGUUUCAUCACUGACAUCGUCAGGCGAACACCCAAAUUUAUUAAAAUAUUGUUGGCACUCUAGAGCGAGUGAAGUUAACAUCAGAUAUAACAACGAAAGCCUUCCGCAGAUAAAACCUAAUGCCCUGCUAAUCUGCUACGAUUUUGUGUCCAGCACAUCAUUGGAAGACUACCUGAAGGACAGCCAAACGACAAUAAAUUUUGAUUCUUUAUGUGCCAUCGCCCUGGACCUUUGUAAUGCACUAGAGGAGUUGCACAGACAUGGUGUGGUGCAUAAUAACAUUAAACCAUCAAAUAUCUUUAUUGGAAGGUGCCUGAGGUUUCCUCCAAUUUUGGCAGUUCUUGGUGGAUUUUCAAGAGCUGAAAAAGUAAAGCCUGGAAAGUCUUUGGGCAAAUAUAAAACUUUAAAUGCAGAUCUUAUGCUCUCUAAGAACAUUUACCAGUUUGGAAAAAUCUUGUCAACGCUGAUUGGUCACUGCAAAACUCUGAACAAGUCCAUCGAGAUCCAAAGUGUAAUGGAGCUAUGCGUGGACCAGGUAUUUAUUAAGAUGAUAACCCCGUCACAUAUCAAAGAGAUUCUGAAUGAGAUCUGGAGCAGCACAGAAGUAUGGGACACUUAUUUGUGAAUCAACUUUCAACAUCGCCUUUAUAGAGGGGUACCUCUUUCGUGGGGGUGAAGGACUGAUGUUUGACAUUUCUUUAAAAAAAAAGUUUUAGCCUCCACUCUUUACUAUCCCCCAUUGGACUUUGAAGCAACUUGAAAAACAUAAUAGCAACUUUUCUUUAAAAAAUGUUAUAUAAAACCGAAUAGAAGAUAAUAAGAGAUUCUGAGUGAGAUUUGUAGCAAUACAGAAACACAGAAGUAUGAAACACGUAUUUGUGAAUCAACUUUCAACUGGGACCUUUUUUGUGAAAUGUUUGACAUUUCUUUGAAUAUCUUUGUCUCUUCUCUUUCUAACCUGCACCGCAUGUACUUUGAGUAAUUAAGCCAAGUAAAUGAACACUUUAGGUUCAAUGGAAGCAACCUGAAAAAUAUGAUACAUAACCAAAUGUAAAUUAAAACAUAUUAAUAUACACACACCUUUGCGAAUUUUGGCGAGCAAAUGCCGUUAGCAUUUCUAAAAAAGAUAUACCAAGGAUGGCAUGACCCGGCAUGACUGACCAAAAGCGAGCGAUGCUUAAAAACGAUUGCGUACUAAUAAAAGAUAUGUUGGUUCACGAUAACAGACAGUCAACCAACAUAUCUUUUGUUAGGGUACUCUUACCAAGAAUAUAUGCUAAGGCUAAAUGUCGAAUAAAAGCUAUCGAAUUCUUAUUGACGACAUUCCUGCCAUGCCAUUCCUGGAAUUUCACUUUCUUUCCAGAAACAUUUAGUCAAGUAAAUGACAUCGGAUUGUAAUUUUCAAUGAGAAUUUAGAAGGCUAUUAUCUUCUGUGGAGAGAGGUCAGCUGCAUAACGAACAUCGAGAAUAACAGCGCUCAAAGACAGUAGAAAACCAGCAAACAAAACGUACUAGUUCAAGUAUGCACCAAGGACAGGUAUGGCUAAAACCAUGUUUCCCAUAUGUGGCCCCUUGGUAUGGAAACUCUUUUUUUAGAAGAAAAGCAAAAGACUUGUUCCAGAACCAACCUAUCUAUAUCUAUCUCUAUCAUGGAAACCGAGCCUAUGUAGCUUGGAGUUCAUUAAUAUCAAGGCAUGUACUGCUGACCAGGAAGAACGUAGGCCCUGGUGAUAAGACCAUCACAAACCAAAUCAUUGACUUUCAAAAAUAAUUACGCGUGCUAAGGCCGUCAUCUUCAAGAAUGACCACAUUGCAAUUUAAACGAGUACCGUUCGUGACAAUAUACUGAAUGACUCAAUACGUGAGUAGACAAGGAGGCGGCACAAUCUCAUCAGACUUGGAAUGUAUUUCCUCAAUCGUGAUUCGGAACUACGUGACUUGGAAACCAAAACAUUAGUCAACCUACCAUUGCCAUUCUGGUAAUUUUCCUUCAGAUCUUUACUUUAGUUUACCAAUGCAAACUUUAUCUUCAGCGACAUCUUCCAGGCGAACAUCGCGUUCAGUUCUAGCCAACAAUAGUCCACGAUAGUGUCCUCAACGAGUUGCCAAGUACACUAUGUUUUAUUCAGUUGAUUGGCAGCAGUCAGUGUCUUACUGGUGAUGGAAGACAAAGUUUAAUCAGGAGGAAAAUUAAAGAAGCAUUCUUUUUGCUUAGUUAUUUAGUAAGUUAUUUUCACUUUCAGUCACUCAUUAAAGUUUCAUGCAAACAUCUA